AUGUCUUGUUCUACAUCAACUGACCUAAGGCCGUUUAUAUUGCCAUCAACGACUGGAGAAGGGUUAUCACCUGCAAGAAAAGUAAACGACAAUUAUCCAGAAAAGGUUCGUCGUCUGGUUUUGAUUGGUCUAGAAGGGGUUGGCAAAACAACUCUGAUUAAUGAUCUAACCGGUACGAAAUUUGAGACUAGUGCUGGCAAAGAGGGUUGUCGUGUGUCUGAUGAACAAAUCGGGUCGUUCAUUGUCGAACAAUAUCAAAUUGAUUUGAUCGAUAUGAUUGGUAUGAACUGUAAGGAUCCAGGUCAGUGGCAAAAGGAACUGCAAGGACGAUCGGAUGCUCAUGGUGUUAUAUUCUAUGUUAAUGGUAGUAACGGCCGUCAGAGCGCCUUGGGAGAUCUGCCGAGAUUUGCUGAUUAUUGUUAUAAUUUGACUAUACCGAUGUUGUUUCUCUAUCGCAGUGGGGAAUUAGAUAAUUUUAAAAACUGUGGCGAAUCAUUCGAAGUUCGAUCACAAUAUGUGAAAACAACAGACAAGGUUCAAUAUGAAAAUCUGGACGCAGUGAAAAGAAAAAUUGUUGAUAAAUUUAAAUCUCAUACAAAACUAGAUACAUUAAUCGAUCCAAUCGAAUUCUGUAAACAAAUGACACAGCUAAAAAAAGUAAAUGAACAGCUACGACAAGAUUUUGAAAAAUUACAAAAAGAACUUCAAAAAUCACAACAAGAUGUUGAAGAAUUACAAAAGGAACGUCAAAGAUCGCAACAGGAUUUCGAAAAAUUACAAAAAGAACUUCAAAGAUCACAACAAGAUUUUGAAAAAUUACAAAAAGAUCGUGUAAAUCACUCUGCAGUAUACGAAAAACGCUUACAGAAAGAAAAGGACACUUAUACAAAUUUGAAAAAUGAUAUGAGAGAUAGAGAGCAGUCGUACAAUAAUGCAUUAAAGAAAGAACAACAAUUAAACGAAGCAUUAAUGACGAAAAAUAACGAACACGCUGCUAAACAUGAACAGUUGAUUGGUAGAUAUGAUAGAACAACUCGCAACGUUUUUCUAAUAUUGCUAUUGAUAUUCGUAUUACUCGGUUUCAUAUUAUUCCAUAGUCGUACCGGCAUGAUCGAAGACUUCACAGCAUUGCUCGAACGGAGCUGA